AAGCGAGAAAAAUUAUUUUCCACUCCAGAAAUUAAUGAUCAUGAGCUCCUAUUUGAUGGACUCUAACUACAUCGAUCCGAAAUUUCCUCCAUGCGAGGAAUAUUCGCAAAAUAGCUACAUCCCUGAGCAUAGUCCGGAAUAUUACGGCCGGACCAGGGAAUCAGGAUUUCAGCAUCACCAUCAAGAGCUGUACCCACCACCACCUCCACGGUCUAGCUAUCCCGAGCGCCAAUAUAGCUGUACCAGUCUCCAGGGACCGGGCAAUCCGAGAGGCCACGGGCCGGCUCAGGCGGGGCACCAUCACCCCGAGAAAUCGCAGCCGCUCUGCGAGCCAGCUCCUCUCUCCGGCUCCUCCACUUCCCCCUCCCCAGCCCCGCCAGCCUGCAGCCAGCCAGCCCCAGACCAUCCCUCCAGCGCCGCAUCCAAGCAGCCCAUAGUGUAUCCAUGGAUGAAAAAAAUCCACGUUAGCACGGUGAACCCCAAUUAUAAUGGAGGGGAACCCAAGCGUUCGAGGACAGCCUACACCCGCCAGCAGGUCUUGGAAUUAGAAAAAGAGUUUCAUUACAACCGCUACCUGACCCGGAGGAGAAGGAUCGAGAUCGCCCAUUCGCUGUGUCUCUCCGAGCGGCAGAUCAAAAUUUGGUUCCAAAACCGUCGGAUGAAAUGGAAGAAGGACCACCGACUCCCCAACACCAAAGUCAGAUCCGCCCCACCAGCCGGAGCGGCGCCCAGCUCCCUGCCCGCAACCACCCCCGGCCCUACUGAAGACCAUUCCCAAAGCUCAACACCACAGGAGCAGCGAGCAGAGGACAUUACCAGGUUAUAAAACAUAAAUCACACCCCUUCGCCCCCAUACCCACUCCCCCACCCCCCACACACAAAUUGACUCUUAUUUAUAGAAUCUAAUAUAUAUAUAUAUAUUUUGGUUCUUUCUUCUCCCCAUCUCUAGUCCUUUGCUUAUUCCAAACAGAAACAACAGAUACAUGGAAACAAGCCCCCCCCUCCCCUUUUCUCCCUUCCACUGUUAAGGACCCUUUUAAGCAUGUGAUGUUGUCUUAGCAUGGUACCUGCGGGGCUUUUUUUAGGCCGUUUGGGGGUUUUAUUUAUUUUUUAAGAAAAAAAAGCAGCAAAAAAAAAAGAUUAUAUAUUGCAAGGUGCGAUGGUCCAGUUCUGGUUAAUUUUCAGGGGGAAAGAGGGAAGAAAAAGGAAAGAGACAUUUUUAGGCCAAUUCUUCUGUUUCUUCUUUUCCUUUUUUCCCCCUUAGGCCUUUUGCAUUGAAAAAUGCAUCAGGGGAGGUGAGGGAGGGGGAAGUCAUUUUAAGGAGAACAAAGCUAUGAAGUUCUUUUGUAUCAUUGUGGGGGGGGGUGGGAGGAGAAGGGGGGGAAAGGCAGCAGACAAAGCUAAAUGCAUCUCGGGAGCCUCUCCUAGCUGUUCAGUUUGAGGAGCCAAAAGAAUAUCAAAAAGAACUUUCAGUUCUGAGACGGAAACUCCAAACCUUAGGUAGAUUUUUCACCCCCCUUGUGAUCAUUGUGGUUUUUGGACUGAAUUUACUUGGUUAUUGUAAAACUUGCAAUAAAGAAUUUUAGUGUUGAUGUGAAGUGCCCCGUGAUCAAUAAUAAACCAGUGAAUGUGAAUUAGUUUUA